CUCCGCGUGUCUCCGCGUGUCUCCAGGUCUCCAAGUUGUCUCAGCAGGCUGCAAUGCUCCAACUGGUGUCUGCAUCGACUCAGCACGGUCAGACUCACACCGUCGCUCUCUCCCAGGGCUCCCAGCCCCUGGUCGUCUCACACAGCCGCUCCAUCCAGCAGCUCAACCAGCAGAUACUGCACGUGCAGCAGCUGCAGCUGCAGCUGCAACAGCAGCAGCAGCAACAGCAGCAGCUGCAGCAGCAACAGCAGCUGCAACAGCAGCAGCAGCAGCAGCUGAUCGCCAGCCUCGCACCUCCACAGCAAAUCCAUACACCCCCGUUGCAGCUGCAGCAGCAGCAGCAACGGCAGCAGCAGCUACAGCAACAUCAGCUGCAGCUACAGCAGCAGCUACUGCUGCUGCAGCAGCAGCUACAGAAGCUGCAGCAGCAGUAGUAGCAGCAGCAGCAGUAGCAGCUACAUCAGCUGCAGCAGCAGCAGUAGCAGCAGUAGCAGCUACGUCAGCAGCUACAUCAGCUGCUGCUUUGACUUUAGCCUCCUAGUCUAGCUGGGUGCACCUUGACUUUAUGCUCUGUGACUGCGCUUUGUACACUUGCAGUAGUGGUAGUAGUGGUGGUAGUAGUGGUGGUGGUAGUGGUAGUAGUGGUAGCAGUAGUGGUGGUAGUGGUGGUAGUGGUAGUAGUAGUAGUGGUGGUGGUAGUAGUAGUGGUGUAGUGGUGGUGGUAGUAGUAGUGGUGUAGUAGUGGUGGUAGUAGUAGUGGUGGUAGUAGUAAUAGUAGCAGUAGUGGUAGUAGUAGUGGUAGUAGUAGUAGUGGUGGUAGUAGUGGUGGUAGUAGUAGUGGUGGUAGUAGUUGUGGUAGUAGUAGUGGUGGUAGUAGUAUUAGUGGUGGUAGUGGUGGUAGUCUUUGUAGUGGUGGUGGUGGUGGUAGUAGUGGUAGUAGUAGUGGUGGUAGUAGUGGUAGCAGUAGUGGUGGUAGUGGUGGUAGUAGUAGUGGUAGUAGUGGUAGCAGUGGUAGUAGUAGUGGUGGUAGUAGUAGUGGUGGUAGUGGUAGUAGUAGUGGUGGUAGUAGUGGUGGUAGUGGUAGUAGUAGUGGUGGUAGCAGUAGUAGUGGUGGUAGUAGUAGUGGUGGUAGUGGUAGUAGUGGUGGUAGUGGUGAUAGUGGUAGUAGUAGUGGUGGUGGUAGUAGUAGUGGUGGUAGUAGUGGUGGUGGUGGUGGUGGUAGUAGUGGUAGUAGUGGUAGCAGUAGUGGUGGUAGUGGUAGUAGUAGUGGUAGUAG